GGAUGUUGGCUGAAAGGAUGUCAUCUCUAGUGAAUCUAAGCUGUGCAUUAAGGAGCUGUCCUGCAUAGAAUGUGUGCAAGGCAGCUUUAGAAGAGGUAGAAGGAGAUGUGACAGAGCUGGAACUGAAACUUGACAAGCUGGUGAAGCUUUGUAUUGCAAUGAUUGAUACUGGGAAAGCAUUUUGUACAGCCAACAAGCAGUUCAUGAAUGGAAUUCGAGACCUUGCACAAUAUUCCUGUAAAGAUACAUUGGUUGAGACCAGUUUGAUGAAGUUCUCUGACACCUUACAGGAAAUGAUCAAUUAUCAUAAUAUUCUGUUUGACCAAAUCCAAAGAUCAAUUAAAACACAGCUUCAGACUUUCGUGAAAGAAGAUAUUAGGAAAUUUAAAGAUGCAAAGAAACAGUUUGAAAAAGUCAGUGAAGAAAAGGAGAAUGCUCUGGUGAAAAAUGCCCAAGUUCAAAGAAAUAAGCAACACGAGGUAGAGGAAGCAACCAACAUUUUGACUGCAACACGGAAGUGUUUUCGACACAUAGCUCUGGAUUAUGUUCUUCAGAUCAAUGUUCUUCAGUCUAAAAGGAGAGCAGAAAUCUUAAAAUCGAUGUUAUCAUUUAUGUAUGCACAUCUGGCUUUUUUCCAUCAAGGCUAUGAUCUGUUUAGUGAACUUGAGCCCUACAUGAAAGAUCUUGGUGCACAGCUGGAUCAGUUGGCUGUAGAUGCUGCAAAGGAGAAGAGAGAUAUGGAGCAAAAGCACUCCACUAUUCAACAAAAGGCUGCUUUACAGGAUUAUUCCAGUGAUGAUACUAAACUAGAAUACAAUGUAGAUGCAGCCAAUGGCAUCGUUAUGGAAGGUUAUUUAUUCAAGCGAGCCAGCAAUGCCUUCAAGACUUGGAACAGGAAAAAGCCAGAUCACAUCAGGCGCUGGUUCUCAAUACAAAAUAACCAACUUGUGUACCAGAAGAAAUUUAAGGAUAAUCCUACAGUAGUUGUUGAAGACUUGCGGCUCUGCACAGUUAAACACUGUGAAGACAUAGAAAGACGUUUCUGUUUUGAGGUGGUUUCUCCAACAAAGAGCUGCAUGCUUCAGGCUGACUCGGAAAAGCUGCGGCAGGCGUGGAUUAAGGCUGUUCAGACCAGUAUUGCCACAGCAUAUAGAGAGAAAGGGGAUGAAUCUGAGAAACAGGAAAAGAAAUCAUCCCCUUCUACUGGGAGCCUAGAAUCUGGGAGUGAGACCAAAGAGAAGCUGUUGAAAGGAGAGAGUGCUCUGCAGCGAGUCCAGUGUAUUCCUGGUAAUGCUGCCUGCUGUGACUGUGGUUUGGCAGAUCCUCGCUGGGCCAGUAUCAACCUGGGAAUCACACUGUGCAUCGAGUGCUCUGGGAUACACAGGAGCUUGGGAGUCCAUUUUUCAAAAGUAAGAUCUUUAACGCUGGAUUCAUGGGAACCUGAACUCCUAAAGCUUAUGUGUGAAUUGGGAAAUGAUGUUAUAAAUAGAAUAUAUGAAGCGAAGUUGGAAAAAGUGGGAGUAAAGAAGCCACAAUCUGGAAGUCAAAGGCAGGAGAAGGAGGCAUACAUCAGAGCAAAAUAUGUGGAAAGAAAGUUUGUAGAGAAGCAAGCUGCAUCAGUACCUCUGCCUGAGCCUGGAACAAAAGUUUUGCCUCCAAGACAGGAAGAGAAAAGGCACAGUGGCCCUGAAAAAUCCCUUUUGGCAGGGGAGCAAGGUGCAGCAUCCCAAAGAGCGGUUGCUGUAAGUAGCGACGAGGCGAGGCGGGAGUCUCUGUUCUGUCCCGAUGAACUUGAUUCACUCUUCUCCUACUUUGAUACCUCUUCAAAACUCCGUAGUAUCCGAAGCAGUGACAGUGGGAUCCAGCCGAGCACUGAUGACAACAGAGAACACCUUGCCUCUACUAUAUCAGCCAACAGUUUGUAUGAACCAGAAGGAGACAAGCAAGAAUCUCCAGUGUUCUGUGACUCCAAGCAGCCUAAUCCAGGAUUGCAGUUGUAUCAAGCUGCCUUUGAGAAAAAUCUUCCUCACAUGGCAGAAGCAUUGGCUCAUGGAGCUGAAGUAAACUGGGUCAACGUGGAGGAGAACAAAGCAACACCACUCAUUCAGGCAGUGCGAGGGGGUUCAUUGGUUACUUGUGAAUUUUUGCUGCAGAAUGGGGCCAAUGUGAACAUCCGAGACAUGAAAGGAAGGGGGCCCCUGCACCAUGCCACAGUUCUAGGACACACCGGACAAGUGUGCUUAUUCCUAAAACGAGGAGCAAAUCAGCAUGCCACUGAUGAAGAGGGGAAAGAUCCAUUGAGUAUAGCAGUGGAAGCUGCAAAUGCAGAUAUUGUAACACUGUUGCGUUUAGCAAGGAUGAAUGAAGAAAUGCGUGAAUCAGAAGGACUCUAUGGGCAGCCAGGAGAUGAAAUUUAUCAGGACAUUUUUCGUGACUUUUCUCAAAUGGCAUCAAAUAAUCCAGAGAAGUUAAACCGCUUCCAGCAGUCAGAUUCUCAGAAGUCUUAAGUGUCAAGAAGGAAAAGAACCUGAAGCUUAUAGUGCAAGUCUUUUUUUACUUUAACAGAAUGAAUUGUAUGCAUUUUGUUAGAUAGUUUGGAUAAAAUGACCACUCCGAUGUAGCUUUAGAUUGUGGUAGCUGGGGAAAUGUAUGAGUUGGUUUAUGUUCUACAGUACAUAUACCUCAGCAGCUGAAGAUGUUUAAAGCCCCUGAGUACCUGCUAGCUCCGUGUAAAGCAGCCCCUGUUACACGCGCAGCGUUUGCAGCUCGCCCUGGGGGCGGCAGAGCACGGCUGGAGCGCUGCGGGCUCCCACUGCAGCAUGGUCACAGCAGCUUUGCUACCCAGUGUCAUCCACUGUCAUCUGUCCCCCUGUUGCCAUAAAGAAUGUGCCUCUGACAAGGUCUAGGUUGCAUUUUCUGGGACUGGUUGGAAGGGAAAUUGGGUAAGGACUUACUGAGUAGUCCUUCUAUUUGUGGAACUGCAACUCAACAGAUUCUCUUGUUCCUACGUUGACUCUGGUUAGAGGUAGGCUGUUCAUAACAGAUGUGGUAACUCCAGCUUUUUGCAAGCUCUUUCACGGUGGAAGCCCUAGCACCAGGCUGGCCUUUAUGAUGGUGACUGCAGGUCAGUCACAAAGGGAUAUAUCCUGGGGACCAAAUUCCUAAGAGCAGUUCAUUUUCCUUUGUUUUUCUUUUCCUCUUAAAUUAAACUUUCACUGCAGCAAGUAUUCUUCUAGAUGAGCAUGUGGAACCUUUCAUGAAAAAUAAACGUCAUCCUUUUGGACAUGAUGUGGGGUUUGUUUGUAGUAUUAUGACAUGUAAACUUGAAAUUUAAGACAUGAAAGUAAAUAUUGAGCCAACAACAUUUGUGUAGAAUAGUUGUACAAAGGCUAUUUCUACUUUUUGCUGUUCUCAUUACUAGCCCUAAGCUCACUAUAAAGUCUCAUGUCUUGCAGCCACUCUAAAUUUAGGGCCAUCAAUCCUUUCUAUCAGGAAGCAGUAGCCCUUGUAUAAUUUCAGUGAUGUGUAUGUUUAUGUGUUGUCUAAAUUAAGGUGAGCACAAGAAAAACUAGAAUUUCAGUGGACAUUUUUGUCAAGUAACGAAUGAGCACAGUCUCCAACUGUUGUGAGGACAGCAAGACAAUUUGCUUUAUUGAGCAGUGAGCCCCAUUCUGCCCAUGUGCAUGUAUAAAUGCUGUCUCUAGAUAUAUGCUUAUGUAUGAGGUUAUUUGUACCUAGAUAAUAAUACUCCUAAACCCCAAACCAGCAGGUGCAAUUCUUUAUCUUCUAUUUGCCUGCCCCAUGGAGACAACUUAAGCAGAGUUCUUAGGUGACAUAGUAAGUUUUCAGUAAUCCUAAUAGCUGUGGCAUUGUAUUAACCUGCUGUUUAAGUGUAUUAGGAAAUGAAAUGGCUUUUCUUCAUGGAAAGAUGAGCAAAACUGGGAUAAACAAAUUGAAAUCUGUAAACUAAGGUAAAGUUAAACUUUCUGGCAUUUCAAGUUUUAAGAAGGUAUUUCAAGUUAAAAUUCAAUUUAUAAUUUUGCAUCAAAUAUGUAAUAAUGUAUCAAAUCUGCAUAUUAUUAUUGCUACAAAAUUAGUAGUGUUGUAGAAUUGUCCAGUGGAUUUUAUUUCCAAGCAGAAGAAUCUUACAAGACAGUUCUUACUUCGUAUGUGGUCUAAUUAUGGUAGGAAAAACAGAUUCUACCCAUUCAAAGUAUGUGUUUAGUCUGAAUAAUAAGAAACUUAAGGAUAUCACCUGUAAACAGUAAUUUUAAUAAGCUGGUUUUUAAAUAGCUGCCUAUGAAAUGAUAAUACACUUCCUAAUCAGCAAUAUUUACCAGCAAAUGGGUACAAUUGGACGGGUGCUGUUCCAGCUGCUCAUUAGUACAUUGUGGACUUCAGCCUCUCUGCCCAUUAGGACCUGAUCCAGGAAGUCGCUAUCAGUAGCAGUCUUUCCACUGAUUUUGGACAUUUUGGAUUGUUCCAUUCAUGGCUUUUCAUGUUAGAGUGCUAAAGGAUCCUAUAUUAAUACUCCAUUUUUCACUCUGUGGGUUUUAUAUUUUACCUGUUUGUAUACUGAGCUGAAAUAGUUUUAGAAAAUGCAACCAGACCUUCCAACUGCUGUCAGCAAAUCCCUGUACAAGAGGAAGUUUCUCCUGUUUUGCAUUAUGACAUCAGUACACAUGUGUUGUCCAAAUUACUAGGUCUGCUGGAUAGAGCAUAAACUUUGUAGCACUAAACUAAAAAGGUGAGAACUAGAACAAGUGGAGGGUUGAUGUCAUGUUUCCAGGACUUUGGUGCUUCUGUGCAGCCAUCUGUUUUAAAUUGUGAAUGUUACUUCUGCUGCUUCAUCUUGAGAAUCUCAAAUAACACCCUGACAAUGAAACAACCCUUUGAUGAAACUGCAAAUAGUAAUAUGUAAGUACAAAGGACAUGAUAUUUUUACAGUGUCACAAGGACUGAGGUGAUUAUUCUGAUUCUUCAAUACACAAAAAAUAUUUUGAGGAUCAAUUUUUAGGGCUACAAUCUCUGCCCCAUUCAUUAUGGACGCUUUUUCCCAAGUUAGAGUUUAUGGCUUGUGCAGUCUGACAGCCACCAUGCCUUGCUCCUGUGCUUACACAAAGGCACAAUUUUAAAACAGGGACAACUCUGGAAAGGCACUACUGGGGAAAAGGAUGAGUGUACCACUUUGGUAUAUACCCUUUCAUAUGCUUGCUUUAUCUUUCUGUAUACGCUAUUUUCUUGUUUCUCUUCCCAUGGAAGGAGAUAGGGGAGGAAAAAUUCCACUGACUUUUCUGUUAGAAGCCUAAGUUUUCCAUGUUUUGACAGAAAUCGCCAAGAAAUCAUCGUCUUCUCAAGCAGACCGAAAUAAUGAUUUUUUUUUUUUAUUAUUUUAUUUUUUCCUCCGCGCGUUCCUCUGUACUCGGUGUUUUUUAAGCGUUCCACCAGUAAAAUGUACACAAACCCUUCCCCCCCUUAA